CAAUCUGUCACUUCAGCCAUUGAUUGAGUUUACCCGUAUUAAAAUGUAAUAUGAUUGAGUGAUAGGAAUAGAAAAAUAUUGGUCUUGAGCAUUAAAAAAUAUUGUAUUUACCAGUGUUUAGACGCGCCAAAUGUAAUAAUGUUUAAUCGGUAUAGAUUCAAUGAACAAACUAUGCGGUAGUAAGCAGAUUUGGUAACUUUUUAUUGAAUGCGUAGGUAAACUGGUAAACAGCUAGAAAAUGGAGUAUUCACCGCAAAAUUUAGAAUAUGCCGUCUCUGUAUUCUAUAAUGGAGAGCAAAGUGAAAGAGCUAAGGCCCAUGCCUGGCUCACAGCCGCGCAAAGAGUGCCAGAGGCUUGGAAUUUUGUCUGGGAAUUUCUUCAACCAAGCAAGGGAACCGAAAUUCAAUUCUAUGCAGCAACCACACUACAUACUAAGAUUCUUCGAUGCUGGAAUGAGGUGCCACCAGAGAGCUAUGAAGAGUUGAAAAACAAAUUACUCGAGGCUGUGUUUACUUAUUCAAAAGGACCUAAGAUUGUUACAAAUAGACUAUGUAUCAGUUUAGCAGCAUUUAUCUUACAACAAGGAACGGUGGAUUUGGCUGCAAUAUUACGGCCUCUGUCCACUCCAGAAAACACUGCACUAUUAUUAGAAGUACUUACUGUGAUACCUGAAGAAUAUAAUAGUAUGACAAUGGGAUCCUCUCUGAGAAUCAAAAAUCGCAUAGCACUGCAAGAAGCUUGUCCUGCAGUUUUAGAUGAUAUGCUGCGAUGUCUGCAGACUGUCUAUAACCCCGAGUACACCAAAGAGGCUCCGUCGGAAGAGACAGUGCAGGGCUGGGUUACGGUGGCAACGUGCGCGUGUAGCUGGCUGACUCUGGGCGGAGAGGACGCGGCUGAGCACGCGCGCGGCUCGCUGCCUGACCGCAUGCCGCUCUGCCGCGCCUUACUGGCCGUCGUGCAGCUAUUGUCCAACUGGAACUCAGUGGUGAGUGACACGGCGCUGGACGCGUGCGAGGCGUGUCUGUCGGGCGUACGCGCCGCGGCCAGCACGUCGGCGGCGGCGCGCUACCCGGACUCCGCGCUGCUACUGCUCGCAGACCUCGCCGCGCUCACUGCGCCCCUCAUGGCCAGGGACAACGUACCCAACUCCGUCAACGAGGAGCUGUUGGCGGCCCUGCUGACGUGCUGCGUGGCGCUGGGCGAGAGUCACGCGCACAGCGUGGUGACGGCGGCAGAGAGCGGGGACGACACGGACGCCGCCCGCGGGGCGCGCCAGCUCAUUGAGCUCAUACUGGCCGCGCAGGCCGCGCCCGGACACUACCCCAUACACGAAACUAGGUCCAACCUUACCUUCGGCUUCUGGUAUACAUUGCAGGAUGAAAUACUAAACUUGAUGGACAGAACGAACGACAUCCAUCAAGUGUGGAAGCAAGUGUUCUCGCGUCUGCUAGAGACUUUAAUCACAAAGUCUAUCGCGCCGGCCGACGCCAACUUGUCCAAAGACGACCUCGAGCUACUACGGUGCUACCGACAAGACACUGCUGAUACUGUGAUGUACUGCUUCGGCGUGCUGGGCGAGUGGUGCUGGAGUAUAGUGGAGCGCAGCUACAGCGGCGCGGGCGAGGCGGAGGCGGGCGCGCGCGAGGCGGCGCUGCACGUGUUCGCGGCGCUGGCCGACGCCGCGCCCGCGCAGCGCCUGCCGCCCGCGCUGCUGCGACUGCUGCAUCAUGCGUUGCGUGCCGCCCACUCCGACACCAGCCGCCCCAUGCUCAGCACCGCGCUCGACUGUCUCGGCGGGUACGCGUCAUGGGUGGGGUCGGUGGCGAGCGUGUCCUCGGAUCCGGCGGUGCAGUCGCUGGGCCGGGAGUGCGUCCGCGCGGCGGGCGCGGCGCUGCCCCGCUGCCCGCCGGCCGCGGCGCUGGCGCUGCGCAAGCUGGCCGCCGACUGCAGCGGGCCCGCCGCCGCGCUCGCGCCCGACAUCGUACACGCCGCACAGUCGUUCCAGGGCGGCGCGAGUAAGUCGGACGCGUGGGUGCGGCGCCAGCUGGUGUGGGCGGCGGGCGCGGCGCUGGCGGCGGCCGACGUGUCCGCCGCCGCGCGUCUACUGCGGCCCCUCGCGCGCGCGCUGCACGACGACCUCGUACGGCAGGCGCAGUCGCCAGGCGGCGGCGCUACAGCGGCAGAAUGCUGCGCGGCGCUGCUGGGGGCGCUGGCGCCGCGCGGGGCGCUCGCUGUCGACCUCUUCCGUGCGCUGGCGCCCGCACUCCCUCCAUACGCUAAUAACGCCGCGCUCGUUGAGUCAAUGUUCCACAUAUUGAAACAGACGGUAUCGUCUCUAAUAGACGAGCUACUGCCCGUAGUGUCGGACGUGGCGGAGCUACUCGUCGCUGGAUUCAACACGUGCCCCUGUGCCUCCGGGCUCGAUGUUGUUAAACUGAUGGUGAUAAGCGUGGGUGGGGAAUGGGACGGGUGUCGCAACGUACUGCGGGCGAGCGUGGCCCCCAGCGCCCGGCUACUGGCGCAGGAGCCCACGGCGCGCCCCGACAUCACCGAGGGACUGUUCACAUUGCUACAGACCAUCACAAAGAAGAAGCCGCAGUACAUAGACUGGAUUGAUGACAUGUUGCUCAAUCUCAUCGAAAUAGCGAUGUGCGCAGUGCGCGUGUGGGAGGUGGGCGGGGCGCGCGCGGCGUGCGGCUGGCUGAGCGCGCUGGCGGCGCAGCGCCCGCUCGCGCUGCAGCCCUACGCGCCCGCACUCACCGCCACCGCGCUGCUCUGUAUUGGUUGUGUAUCUGUGCCAGGCGGAAUGACGCCUCGAAACCAAAUCGAGCCGUUAGCGGAUUUGUUGCUAUCUUUGAACCGCGCGGCGUGGCGUGACGCGGGGCAGGGGGCGGGGCCAGGGGCGUCGCAGGGGGCGGGGCUUGCGGCCUGGCUGCGCAGCGCAUUGGCUGUGCCGGACUUCCCUACGCAACACGCUACUGACCCACAUAAGCACAAGUUCAUACAAGCAAUCAUCAAAGAAAAAAGCAGCAAACGAAGAAUACUGGAGUCGGUACAAGAGUUCUCGCUCGUGUGCCGCGGCCUCGUGGACACCGAAUAUGCGCGGCAGACCAUCGCUUCCAAACAACUAGUGGCAUAGACUAUACACUAUCAAAGCAUGGAGUACAGACAUAAGGAGUAUCAUCUUGUAUGACAUGCACAUUUUUUUCUGGCGAACUCUAUUACUUAAUUGCAAAUAAUGCAAAAAAAGUAUAUUUUUUUUUACAUAUUUUCUAAUACUAUAGUGGCUUCUCCGAUUUACAAUUUCUGUAGACUGUAGAUAGAGAUAGUUCUCCAUACUUCUGUACUCUAUGGAACACGGUUUUAAAUCAAUCUCGUCAUCUGUUAUAACGCAGUCUUCCCUUCUGACUAUUAGGACGCACCAAAGUAGACGUGUCAGUUAGAUACCUACCAAUAUAUUUGUAACGUUUUUCUAUCGCUUUUGAUGAUUAGAACAACAAUUACAGUUGAAAUUACAUUAUGUAUAUACUAUACAUCUUCUAUUAUAAACAAGACAUUGUAAAUAAAUACAUACAAACGUGAUAUCAUCUGUAUAUAGUCGUAUAACAUUACUUAAUAGACAAGUAAAUAAAAGUAUUAAGAAUAUAUGUUAUAUCUUUAUUUUUAAAUAAUAAUAAUUAAGUUUGUAAAAUACUAUCGGACAACAAUUCCACUUACGCUAACAAUUUAUGAAUAAAGAAAAAUAUUAAGUGUAUAUUAACAUAAUAUGAAAAUGCUUCAUAACAGUGAUUUAGUAUCUCGCUCUGGAUGGAUCUUAGAGACAAAACG